UCCGGGGGCUCGGAGCGGGCGGCGCUGCGUUCAAACGCGAGGAGCUGUGCAGGGAGGGGGCAGCUCGGUCCCGAUCCGCGUCCCGCUUCCGUCCGGCGCACUGAAAAUAAAGAAGUUCUUGACCAAAACUGGAACAAGAUGUCAUCUGUGCUCCAAAAUGUCAAAGCAACAGUGGCGUGGAGGAAACACCGGCUCCUAGCUGACCUCAAUGAGAAUGAGAGCCCAGUGCCUGACAAAUUCAAGAGCAGAGCCUCUCUGAGUUCUCUCAAUACCAUUCGCAUGUCUUUAAGGAAACGGGUACCAUUAAUGCAAGUUGAUCUGAAUCUUCAUAAAACCCCAACAAGGGAAAGUCUGGAACCAAGACAGAGGUGCCAAACUCUUCAGACUAUUAAAAGAAGAGCAAAACAUGCUUUUGGAACAGUGUCCCAGAAAAUACAGAAGUCUUGCCAAAGCCCAGUAUGCUCAAUAGUGACCUUUCCAGAUGAAUCCACCAGCAGAAGCUGCGCGACCAGUUCUACCAAAAAAAGAACUGCUACACCUCGAACACCUUGCUAUAAGAACACUACCCCAACAGCCAGUUCCAAAGGAACUCCAAGGUCCAGCAAAAGGGCCUUGCUUGGGCCAACAAGGGUGUCAGAACAUAGAGAAUGGAGGGAUUUCUCACCCUGGCUUGGUAAAAAUGCUGUCUCUCUUCGGAGAUCUAGAAGAGCAGCAGCACUGAAGAGCCCUUAUUCAUCUGCUCCUUCCAGCAGAAGGAUAGGGUUUGACUGUGAGUUGGAACUGGUCUCCUCAGGGAUUUGCCAAUUGAAGCGUAUUUCUCAAGCAUUCCAUGAUGCCAUUGUGAAAGAGGAGAGUGAUAUGACAGUUUCUCUCAUUCGUAACUGAAGAUAGUAGCAACCAGGCAACAAGCAAUAUCAAACUACUACUAUCUAAUGGCACAAAACUCAAAGUCUGUACAUCGAUCCCUGAAACCAUCUCAAGCUAUCAGAAGGCAAGCAAAGAAACUCCAUCAAGCACUUGGUACCUAGACAGAGAUGGCUGUAAUUUUUUUUUUUUUUCAUUUUUCCAAGUUUAUGAACACAUAUAAGAGAGAGGUCUGAAUAGCACCUGAAAGGCUGCACUCUAUACACUUGAAUGAGCCAUUACACUUUUUUUUCUUGGUAUGAAACAGCUCGGGGCUUCCUUUGCUUUCUCUUUUCAAGUAAAGAGAGAAUCAAAAUAGUACCAACCACAGUGUAUUAUCUCCGCUGAGAUGAGGGAACUGUCUUGAAAGUGACUUUCAUGAGGUAGUAAGUACUUAGAAAAUUAUGCUGAACAGGCCAGUAAGAAUGGCCAAAGCAAGGGUUUAUGACAGACUUAUGAAGGGUAAUCCCAGGUAAGAGUAGUGCUUAAAUUGGUAUCCAGCAACCACAAGAUUUAGCACAAAUACUUUCCAUGUGAAAAAGAUUGGUCUAUUAUUUUGAAAGCCUAACUUGUUGGGGUGUUUUUUGUUACUAGCAAACUAAAGUUAUUCAUCAUGUUAGCUGGAAGUUAAUAAAACAGUAGUGGCUUCUUUGCGUUCUAAGCAAAACUGCCAUUCCAAAGCAACAGGAUUCUGUGGAGUCACUCAUGCCACAAGAACAGAGCCAUUUUAGGACUCUUACUUCAUGGCCUUAAGGAUUAACCAUCUAAUCCUAUUUUAGGUAGUUCGACUCCAGACAAACCAGAGCAACUUUGUAAUUUCUUACUGAUGCUUUAGACAGCAUCUUGGCAGUUGAGUUAAACAUUGCUCUUGUGGUGCAUCUGUCUUUUAGUUAUACAGGGAAAGUUGUUACUACAAUUAAUGUAACCUCUUGCAACUACUGUUAUUAGCUAAUAUCACAGUGGAAGUAUUUUGAUUAUGUAUACUUAGCAUUUGAUACCUGUAUUUUGCUUCUAAUUAUUUUAAAAAAUUAACAUUCAUUUGACAAGCCUUUUUUGGUAGGUCAUUCAGUAUAAUGAAGUUUAAUCUUUCACAUGAAAGUAAGGAUCUGUCAAGUUUUUAGAAUUCAACAGGCUGUUUUCCACGGUAAGCUUUGUGCAGGCUUCUCCAAUAUGUUCACUCUAAAAUGAACUUUUAAACAAAAGACUGAUUUGGGAAACUUUGCUCUACUUUAUAAUUUUUAAAAUGUGCAUGUGACCUAGUAGUUCCAGUGUUACUAAAAUUUUAAUGGUAUUAGGUAUAAAUAUGAAAAGCAUUCACUUAUAAUUUAUGUAUAUGUAUUGAUUUUUAAACUUGCUCACAAUUUUUUUUUCUUGUCAAAUGAACCCAUUUUAAAACAUCGAAACAGUUAAUGAGGCCUGGAAAAAUGAAAGCAACCCUUCCAGCCUGAAGACUUCUGGACUUUCAGAUGACUGAGAAUUUUAGCUUGUGUUACUUCUUCAUGUAGUGUUUGUGUGUGUUUUGUGGGUUUUUAAACAACUUUUCUAUAUGGAAGUAUAAGUAUAGUAUAUAUACUAUAAGGAUAUAGUAUAGUAUCUCCAAGUUGUUCUUUGUAUGUCCUGAAACUACUUCUAUAAAGCUUUCACAAAGAUGUUGUCUCAUCAGUGAAAUGUCUUCUUCUAUGACUUUUGACAAGGAAGGAGGGUUGGAGGUUUUUGAGAAGUUGACCGCCAAUCUAAGUAUUAUUUCAGACAGGUCAAACAGCCUCUAUUUAUAAUGUUUCCACCAGCUACUUGGAAUGUACAAUCAUGAUUCAAUAUUUAUCAAAAAAUCAGUGACACUGUUUGUUUAAAGGCAAAGAAAAUUUUAUUUAAGUGGCUAAUCUGUUUUAAGAUUUUAAAAACCAGCUCACAUCAAAAUUUAUAGCAGUUGUAGAAAUCUUACUCCUUAUUUCAUAUUAAGAAAUUCAUUAUUGUACAUUUUUGAAUCUUUACAAGGCAGCCAUAAGAAAUAUAAACAUUUGUCACCAGAUAGAACCUUCUCACUGACAAUAUUUAAAAGUAUGCACUUAUUAAAACUAUAGACUGAAAGAACA